GCAGUGCCCUUGUCCCUCCAUUAGUGUGUGUGUGUGUGUUUGUAUGAGUGUGUGUUUAUGUGUUGCUCCAGCUCCAGCUGCAGCUCCAUGUCCCGCGGUGCUUUCAGCUCCUGUAGCCGUGCUGAGGGCCUCUCUCCCCGGCGCUAGUGCGCGCUGAGCCCCGCUGUCUCUCUGGGUGUGUGUGUGUGUAGGUGUGUGUGUUGGUUAAUGUGAGUGUGUGUGUAUGCAGCAUGGCGGCCCGCACGCUCAGUAAGGACGACGUGAACUACAGGCUGCAUUUCCGGAUGAUCAACGAGCAGCAAGUGGAGGACAUCACCCUGGACUUCUUCUACAAACCGCACACCAUCACCCUGCUCACCUGCACCGUCCUCAGCCUCAUGUACUUCGCCUUCACCCGGGAUGAAGGUAAUCAGGACAGUAAUCUGCGAGUGGGCAUUAUCGUGGUCAUCUCCUUCUUCUUGGUCAUCAGUGUCCUCGCCUUCCCUAACGGUCCGUUUACAAGACCACACCCAGCGAUAUGGAGAAUAGUGUUUGGUCUGAGCGUGCUGUACUUCCUGUUCCUGGUGUUUAUCUGCUUUCUGAACUGGGAGCAGGUGAAGGCUCUGAUGUACUGGCUGGACCCCAACCUCCGCUACGCCAAGCGCGAGGCUGACGUCAUGGAGUACGCCGUGAACUGUCAUGUGAUCACCUGGGAGCGAAUCCUCAGCCAUUUUGAUAUCUUUGCGUUCAGUCAUUUCUGGGGCUGGGGGAUGAAGGCCCUGCUGAUCCGGAGCUACGGGCUCUGCUGGACCAUCAGCAUCACCUGGGAACUCACUGAGCUCUUCUUCAUGCACCUCCUGCCCAAUUUCGCGGAGUGCUGGUGGGAUCAGGUGAUCCUGGACAUCCUGCUGUGUAACGGAGGCGGGAUCUGGCUGGGGAUGACCGUCUGCCGCUUCCUGGAGAUGCGCACCUACCACUGGGCCAGCAUCAAGGAUAUUCACUCCACCACGGGUAAGAUAAAGCGAGCGGUGCUGCAGUUCACUCCGGCCAGCUGGACCUACGUUCGCUGGUUUGACCCCAAGUCCUCCUUCCAGAGAGUGACCGGAGUUUACCUCUUCAUGAUCAUCUGGCAGCUCACCGAGCUCAACACGUUCUUCCUCAAGCACAUCUUCGUUUUCCCAGCAUGCCAUGCUCUCAGCUGGUGCCGCAUUCUCUUCAUUGGCAUCAUCACUGCGCCCACAGUGAGGCAGUAUUACGCGUAUCUAACAGACACACAGUGCAAAAGAGUCGGGACGCAAUGCUGGGUGUUCGGGGCGAUAGCGUUUCUGGAGGCGUUGGCGUGUGUGAAGUUCGGGCAGGAUCUGUUCUCUAAGACUCAGGUUCUCUACGUUAUUCUGUGGCUCCUGUGUGUGGCCUUCAUCACGUUCGUCUGUCUGUACGGGAUGGUUUGGUACGCCGAGACCUACGGACCCAGAGAGAAGAGUCUGUCGGAGUGUGAGGACAGUUUUUACACAGAGAACGGAGAGAACGAGUACGGAAAAGGAGAUUCUGAGCCAGACUCGCCAGUUUUCACAGCUUCCACAACCAGAAAUCGAGGAAGAAACUCCGGGAAAAGCAGCUCCGUGAACGGAGUGGAAAAAUAAACGGGAUCAUUCCGCAGACGCUGAUGCAGAACUGAUUUUAGUAAAGAAUAAAGAGAAGAAGAGAGAAGAAGAAGAGUGAUGAAGAACGUUAACCCUUCCAGAAUGAUGUAUGGAGUAUAUUUAUAUAAAUAUAUAUCAGGGCGGGGCCGUGUGACUCUUCCAUGUAUGAGGUUGUGGCGGGCACUGCCACCGGGUGGCGCUACAGGUUUGCGUUACGUUGUGAAGCGUGAGCAGUAGCAGCGAGCGCCGCCGCCGCUUUACUCCUCCUUAUUGCAGUAUUUGUUUGUUCUAGUAUUUUCUGUGUUAAACGACUGACUGUUCUGUGUUUUAUAACCGCACAACUAAAGCUUUGUUCACUUUCUUCAUCUUAGCGAAUCGUAGAAUCACUUUUUACAUCGUUCACCUUUUAGCACCGUGCCGUUAACUGGACCUGAAAUGUUCGUGUAGACACUUUUUUUUUAUAUUGCAUCAAAUUUACACUCAAUUCUUCACUUUUCCUAAAAUAUAUUGAAUUAGUCAAGUCAUGAUACAUUUCUGAGGUUUGGCUUUGGCUUUGUUUUACACUGAAGCAAUGGUGGAAGGCUAAUGAAAGCUAACUUAUGAUUAGCACUGUGCUAACUAGAAUUUAGAACUCUGAUUUUAGAAUUUUUCCACAUUCCAAGAAAAAUAUAUUUAAAAGCAGUGGUAUUAGAUGGUUUAUAAGUGUUUCUGUGUGUGUGUGUUUCUGCCAAUUAUACUCUAGCAUAGUGCUAACGAUGCUAACCUGGAACAGUGUUAACCUGGUGACAAUGAUAACCUGGUUAGCAAUGUUAGCACUGUCCCAGGUUAGCAUUGCUCCAGGUUAGCAUUUUUAGCACUAUCACAGGUUAACUUUGUCCAUGGUCUUCAUUUUUAACACUUGGCCAGGUUAGCAUCUUUUAACCCUGAUGAAGGCCUGAGCGCCAAAACGCGUUGGUUAUUCUUGUAUUGUUAAUAAAUCAGAAAUUCUCCAUGCAACAAGUGCUGCUGGUUUUUACCAUUUUUUGAUCAGGUUAGCAUUGUCCCAGGUUAGCAACGUGUUAAAAUUAUGAUCUGGGAUAAUGUUAACCAGGGACAGUGCUACCAUUGCUAACCUGGAGUAAUGCUAACCUAGAACAGUGCUAACAAAGAUACCCUGGGACAGUUCCUACAAUGCUAACCUGGCAAUGUGUUAACAAUUCUAACCUGGGCCAGUGAUAACCUGGGACAAUGCUUACCUAGGCCAAUGCUAACCUGGAGCAAAGCUAACCUGGGAAAAUCCUAACAAUGAUACCCUGCAACAGUGCUAACAAUACUAACCUGUCAGUGUGUUAACAAUGCUAACCCAGGACAAUGCCAACAACUCAAACCUAGCAAAUUGCUAAUAGUUUUAACCUAGGCCAAUGCUAACCUGGCAAAUUGAUAACCGUGUUUACCUAGGCCAAUGCUAACCUGGUUAAGUGCUAACAGUGUUAACCUUGGCUAAUGCUAACCUGGCAAAGUGCUAACAGUCUUUACCUUGGCCAGUGCUAACCUGGCAAAGCGCUAACAGUGUUAACGUUGGCUAAUGCUAACCUGGAAAAGUGCUAACAAUGUUAACCUAGGCCAAUGCUAACCUGGCAAAGUGCUAACAGUGUUUACCUUGGCUAAUGCUAACCUGGCAAAGUGCUAACAGUGUUAACCUUGGCUAAUGCAAACCUGGCAAAGUGCUAACCUGGAAAAGUGCUAACAUUGUUAACCCUGGCUAAUGCUAACCUGGCAAAAAGCUAAAGCAUACACAAAACAGCAUCACUUGUUAGCUAGGUUAGCCUUUUUGUAUUGUAUAUCCAGUGCAGCUACAUAGCUAAAAUAGCUAACAGGUAAUGAAACUUAAACAUUUACUCAAUUUAAUUCCAUUUUAAGUCUAUCGUACUUUUUGUGAUGUUAACUAGCUGAGUUUUAUUUACUUGUUAGCUAUGUUAGCUACUUUAGCAUCGUAGCUGCAAAGGUUCUAAAAGGCUAACAUGUAUUGAAAGCUUAGCUUGACUGCUCUUCAUAUCAACUUCAUAUAACUUCAAAUUAUAUUGACUAUAUAUAUUUCCUUAAAUACUAUUUAAAGACAUUGUUGAUCAGUGGAUGACUCUCAAAGUGUUUUUUUUUACCAAUUUUAGCACUAAAAUUGAUUACAUUUUAGUUCAUUUAGUUGUAAAACGUGGCUGUUUAGCAUGGUUUUGCAUGCGUCUGACUAACUGCCUUUCAUCACCUUUCAUUCUUUCACUCAUUCUAUUGUUCAUUUUAUUCAUUUAUGGUUGUAAUUAUCAUGUUUUUGGCUAAUGUAUUCCUAUAAUUGUGAGGUAAGGAAGCGCUGCUUGAUCCACUUUGGCGGCCAGUAAGUGGCGCUGUUUGUCUGAGUAGAUAGAUUCUAGAGGUGAAGCGCACAAAGUGAUGUGGAGUCGGGAUGAUGUGUUGGGGAUGAUGGUUCUGAGUGAAUGUGGAGGUCAGAAGCACACGGUUUAAGCACUUUCUCUUAGGGCCAGUUAUACAGUUAAUUAUGUAGUUUGUUCUGGAAGCUGCCUAUUCAUAAACGUGUCUUCACUCUUUAGUGUUUGUGAUUAUGGUCACUUUCACUAGGCUUUUGCUGUAAUACGCAGAUUUUUAAUGUUUUACUUUGUUUAGCUCAUUUAUUUCUGCUUUUUUUUUCCAUAUGUUAUUCCACAAAACUGAAUUUCAAAUUAAGGCAUGUCUUUUGGGCUUAAAGGAAUACCCCAUUAAUAACUCAAACUUCUUUCCUUUUUUCCUACUGGUUAUUCCAUUAUUAGUAGUAGUGGUAUAGUUAUUAGCACUCCAAACCUGUGGUUAGAUCUCCAAAAGGGGACCGACUACACACUAAUGACUCUGGGUCUAGAAUGAGAUGAGAUAAAAGCUCCAAUAGGGUGAAUAAGAUGGUGUCCCAAUACUUUAGCCAGGGGGACCAACUCCACACUAAUUACUUUAGUAUAUACAACUCUGGAAAAAAUGAAGAGAGCACUUCAGUUUCUGAAUCAGUUUCUCUGAUUUUACUAUUUAUAGGUUUAUGUUUGAGUAAAAUAAACAUUGUUGUUUUAUUCUAUAAACUACAGACUACAUUUCACCCAAAUUCCAAAUAAAAAAAAUCAUAAAUAGUCAUUCAAAGCAUUUAUUUGCAGAAAAUGAGAAAUGACUUUUAGACCUCAAAUAAUGCAAAGAAAACAAAUUCAUAUUCAUAAAGUUUUAAGAGUUCAGAAAUCAAUAUUUGGUGGAAUAACCCUGGUUCUGGUUUUUAAUCACAGUUUUCAUGCAUCUUGGCAUCAUGUUCUCCUCCACCAGUCUUACACACUGCUUUUGGAUAACUUUAUGAUUUACACUCCUGGUGCAAAAAUUCUAUUAUCUCAGCUUGGUUCUUCCUCUUGAUUAUAUUCCAGAGGUUUUCAAUUUGGUCAAAUAAAAGAAACUCAUCAUUUUUAAGUAGUUGUUCAGAGCUGUAUAUGUUUUUUUGAUACUGUUAUCAAUAAAUAUGACCAAAAUACAGUGUCUAAAACAAUAGGAUCAAAGUUAAAUUUCAUAUUACUCAACAAAUUACCAACUUAGUGUGGUUUAAGAUUACAUAACAUGGGCACAAGUCAUGGGACACCUGCUCAUUCAUUGUUUAUUCUAAAAUCAAAGGUAUUAAAAAGAGUUAAUCCUGAUUUUGUUGGGGUAACUGUCUCUCUACUGUAUGGGAAAGACUUUCUACUAGUCUGAAGAGCUUUAGAGCUUGGUCUUUAUACCCCUCUACAUAGACCACUCCUUGCAUUAGCUUUAGCAUGGGGCCAGUAGGUUGAUGUUUGUACCUAUUCUAAUAAUCAGAAGGGUCAGUGGGUGCAGUUUAAAGCUUGGUAAAGUGUUGGCGUAUUCCUUUAAUAAUGAAAUCAAUGGAUAAAUUGUGUUUUGUGGAAUAAUAUAACCUUUCUUCUGCAGCAGUUAAUCAGAGAGGGUAGAAGCUUUACUCCACAGUAAUGUGCCUGCAUGAGUGUGUGUUCUAAUAACUAACACUUUUAUUAACGUUCUGUUCCUCUGUUCCUCUUCUAAUACCGCCUCUUUUUUUUUCUCUGGUUUUAAGGUUAUUGUGUCUGUUUGGUUUCAGGAGUGAUCACAAUAAGCAGGGUUAUUUCAAACAGGCUUCAAUAGGUUUAAAGUGAUAGACCUCAAAAAUGUUUGGACACACUUUAUAUUCUGUGAUUUUUCACUGAUUAAAAAUGUUCUGUACUAAAGUCAAUCCAUUUUCAGAUUCUUCAAAGUAGCUCCACUCCACCUGGAAUUCAGGCUGAUUUCAGUUAACAGCUGUGCUGAACUCAUCAAGAGUUAAUUACCUGAAUUUCUUGUCUCUUAAUAAAGUGUUUGAGAGCAUCAGUUAAAGUAAAGUUGUGAAGAGGUAGAGUUGGUAUACAUCCAUAUUAUGAAAAGAACUACUCAACUAAGUAAAGAAAAUCCUCAAGUGCAGUCGAAAAAGACCAUCAAAAAUGUAAUGAUAUAACUGGCACGCAUCAGGACCGCCCAAGAAAAGGAAGAGCAAGAGUUUAGAUGGUGUGUCCAAACAUUUUCAUGUUGGUUGAAUGGUUGAUUUAUCAUGAUAUUUUGAUUUAAAAAAAAAACAGCAAAAAUGAAGAUAAAUUUACAUACACUAUAUGGACUAAAGUAUUUGGACAUUAAUUGUAUUAAUUCCUGUUGGUUUAGAAUGGUAUAUCUUCUUGAUACUUUUGUCCAUAUACUGUAGAUAUCAAAAAUUAGAUUUUUCUCCAAACUAUCGCUUUAAAAUAUCUUGUUAACUUCUUUGUAAAAUUUCCCACGAAAUGCACAGUCCUGAUGACAAUCCUGCUGCUGUUGGUUGUGGCCUGAGCCCCCACGCUUUAUUGACUGAAGAAGUUUAGCUUUGCCUUCAUUUGCCAAAAUGUUCCGUUCACAUCGAACCUUUUGUUUCUUUUUUUUGUUUGUUACUUUACCUUCUGUAAAAAAAAACAAAAAAAAAACGUUUAAAAAACAUUUAAAUGCCUUUUUCCCCCGACCCAUAUCCACUUACUACUUACAGAAUCUCCGUUACCAGUAGAGCGAGCACCAGGAUGUGUUUGCAUUAACUUUACAUAUGUUACGUUUGCGGUGGUUUUAAACAGAGCGUCUACUUUAAUCUGACAAUGUCUGAUUUAGAGAGUAUUGGGCUACGUUCACACUGCUGAUGAAAACGGCACAAAUCUGAUUUUCUUAUCAAAUCUGAUGUUUUUAAGGUUUUUUGUUACCGAGUAGCAUCACAGCACUAACACUCAGAGGAAAGUGCAGUAACGCGGUUCUGAUAAAUCAGCUCACAGAUGCAGCUUUGUGCUGAUCCACAUCAUCUAGGAGUGGUUAUGGGAAAGAGCGCCUACUGUACCCACCAAGCGAGAGCGAAACAACUGUCCGGCGAACCGGCGAUCUCCUAAUCAUAGUGGCAGCGCUUUAGACUGCUGGACCGCUCCGAGCCCUUGUUGACACAAAUUGGAUAUUUAUCUGAUUUCACUUCUACUCAUAAAAUUGGUCCAAAUCGAAUCUGAACUGCAGAUUCUCAAUUAAGUGUGUUUAUCGCUAUCUGAAAAUAAAAUUCUAAUUUGGACCGUUUUUGCAACACUUGUCACACGGGGUUUGAAAGCGCUUAAAUCUAACUCCCUCAACCCAAUCCGGUGCUUAUUUUGGCUGUUCACAUUUCUAAACUCACGCUUAUGUUAUAAAGAGCAGCGCUUCACAUUAAGUUUCGGUUUCGUCUUCUCCAGCAACCGUGUGUGUUAUUCAGCCAUGCUGACUUCCUUGAUUCUUAAGUUGGAUUGAAGGAUGUGAAAUAAAAAAAAGCAUCAAUUCCACUCUGGCUACUUAGAUUGAGUCGCAUUGCCACGUUUUGGAUAUGUAUCAGAUUUCAGUACCACAUAUAAACAUGUAAAAGUGGCCCAAAUAGGAAAACUGAAGAUAUCAGAUUUAAUGCGUUUUUACGUUAUUCAAAACGGUGGGAAAUCAUUCAUUGCUUGAGAAAUCAGAUUUGGUCAAAUUUGGCUACAUUUACACAGCACACAACAGCAGGAAGUUGGCAUACUGGAAUUAAAAAUGUCAGAUUCAAUGUGUUUUGUACCGUUCACACUGCCAAAUGCCUAAAAACAACAUUUGUAGUUGGGCUACGUUUACCUGCUGUGUUUAAUGUAGCAAUAAAAAUUAAAAAAAUCUUAGUUUCAAUAUGAUUUAAGCCAUAUCUGGAUGGGAUUCUGGGGUAAUUUUCUCUUUUAUGGGGGGGGGUUUAAUCCUCUGUGAUUUUGUUCCCUUUCGGAACGACCAUGUACGUGUUUUUCUCAGACGUCCUCUGAGAAAAUUACAGGCUGAAUUAUCUACUGUUUUCCUGAACUCCGUGCUCCUCUGGUAAUUUUAGUCCCGUUCAGAUCCACAUCUCAGAGUUUCGUCUACUCGCCUUUAAUAAAAUAGCUUUGUCCACUGCCGCGCACCAUAAUUACACUUUGGGCGCUUGGGCGUUUCCACGGAGAUCCACACAACAGUGUAAAACACAACAGCGAGUGGAAAUGGAGGAGCUACUGAACUCUGUCAUGUGACUGAGAAAGCCUAAAAAAACCUCACUGGUCCUCCUGUGUUUUUCAGUUGCAGUCCAGAUGCAGGAGUUUAAUCACGGAGUAGAAUUAAAGAGAAACUCCUGACCACUAAUCAUGACCAGAUAGGGAUUUAGUCUAAACAGCCCGAACAGAAUUCACACGCAAUUCAUUGUUUUAAAUCAAGGAGUAGGAAAAAAGAGGGCAUUUUUGCUGCAACUUCACAGGAAAAUACAAAGCUUUAAAAAAAGAAAGAUUAACCCCAAGAACCAUAGAUUUUAUAUCCUGUAUAAAUCCUAAUGCAGAAAUAUAACUGUAAAUGAUUUGGUAAUGGUUUAGGUAAACGUAACUUGUGGAGAUAAAACCGAAACUUGACGUGAAGCACAGUGUCAGUUUAUGGGUGCAUACAUUUCAGACCAAUGUUAGAUAUAGGUUGCAUUAAAACAAACAAACAAGCAAAAAAAAACAUCGGAUUUGGUCAAAAAUGUAAAAAGGCCACUGUACAUGCAAUGUGAAUGCAGCCUUUAUUUACGAGCAGAAUACACUUUUAACAUCUAUAAUCUUUUAUGAUUCGCAUCUACAUAUCUUCACCACAGUUCAUCCCACCUCCACCUGCUGCUGAUUUUACAUUGAGACUGGUUUGGUUUAGUGCAGCUAACACUAGUCAAUAUAAAUAUAUAAAUAUAUCUCCGUUUGGACCAUAGCAUGAGCUAGAAAACAGUAAAAAUACAUAUUUCAUACAGAAAAAAGAGAGUGUACAUUUCAAUAUUACAACUUUUCUGUGUUUAUAAUGGAUUUACACAACAGUAAUAUGUAUGUUAUUGUGUAGUUAUGUACGUAAUUGUUUGGAUUUCACUGCAUUUCAAAUUAAAAUUUCUUCUAUCUGUGA